AUGGAAGCAGGCAAUGGUACACAAAUUUCAGAAUUUCUUCUUCUGGGACUUUCACAGGCACUGGAACUGCAGCCCCUCAUAUUUGGGCUUUUCCUCUGCAAAGUCAUCACCUAUGAAGGCUGCAUCACACAGAUGUAUUUUUUCCUAUUAUUUGGGGGAUUGGAUAACAUGAUCCUGACUGUGAUGGCCUAUGACCGGUUUGUGGCCAUCUGCCACCCACUUCACUACAUGGUCAUCAUGAACCCCCGGCUCUGUGGACUGCUGGUUCUGCUGUCCUGGAUCAUGAGUGUCCUGAAUUCCUUGCUAAAUAGCUUAAUGGUGUUGGGUCUGCGCUUCUGCUCAGACUUGGAAAUCUCCCACUUUUUCUGUGAACUCAGUCAGGUGGUCCAACUUGCCUGUUCUGAAACCUUUCUUAACAAAAUUAUAAUGUACUUUUCAGCUGGGCUUCUAGGUGGUGGUCCCUUUGCUGGGAUCCUUUACUCUUACUCUAAGAUACUUUCUUCCAUAUGUGGAAUCCCAUCAGCUCAGGGGAAGUAUAAAGCCUUUUCUACCUGUGCUUCUCACCUCUCAGUUGUCUCCUUAUUUUACGGUACUAGCCUUGGAGUACACCUCAGCUUUACUGCUACCCAAAAUGCACACUCAAGUGCAACAGCCUCGGUCAUGUACACUGUGGUCACACCCAUGCUGAAUCCCUUCAUCUACAGUCUGAGGAACAAUGACAUAAAGAGGGCCUUGCAAAGAUUCCUUGGCAG